UUGAGAACGACACAUUUCGUGACAGAACGUCCUUUUAUUUUAAUUGACUGUUUUAUCAGUUUACACUGACCUAAUAGUGUCAACACAUAGGUAUGAGCCGGGUGCACUCGGUCGGUAGUUGACAUAUGCUGAAGGUACUCCGAAUGAGCGCGGACAAAAGUCUGCGUCGCCUCUCAAACUUGCAUGGCCUGUGGGUGGGGCAGGGAAAAUCUCCCAGAUCUCUACAGAUUGAACCAUGCAGGUGCUGCUCUAAUACUGUGAAAGACCCAGGCCAAGUGAGUAUUGGAGAUGUCAGUGUAGCAGUCAAGCCGCCACAACAUCCUGAAUAUGUGCCACAUAAAUACUUGAAAAAAAAGGCAUCACAGUCUACUCUGAGGCAUUUAAGAUGGAUUAUGCAGAAGGACCAGCUUGGCCAGGAUGUGUUCCUGAUAGGCCCACCAGGCCCCGUGAGACGUCAACUAGCCAUGAUGUACCUGGAGCUGACAAAGAGAGAGGGGGAGUAUGUGUCUCUAUCAAGGGACACUACUGAGGCUGACCUCAAACAAAGAAGGGAGAUCAAAGCUGGCACUGCCUUCUACCUAGAUCAGGCAGCAGUGCGAGCAGCAGUCGAGGGACGUGUUCUUGUGUUGGAAGGUAUUGAGAAAGCGGAGAGAAAUGUGCUCCCCGUCCUGAACAAUCUGCUCGAGAACCGAGAAAUGCAGCUGGAAGAUGGCAGGUUUCUCGUGGCACCAGACAGAUACGACAAACUGCUUAAGGAUCACACAAGAGAAGAGUUAGAAGACCUGAAACUUGUACGAGUGGAUGAGCGAUUCCGAGUGAUUGCCCUCGGUCUUCCUGUGCCUCGUUACCAAGGCAACCCAUUGGACCCACCUCUACGAUCACGAUUCCAAGCACGGGAUAUUAAUCCUCUACCAUACCAUGAGCAAUUAGAGUUGUUACAGGAGUGUGCCCCGAACGUUAAUGUGGAUAAACUGAACCAGGUGCUGAUGUUUGCCACUACUCUCCUCACAGCUGAAUCUACAACACUCGGACUUCCGGACUUUCCCGUCGCAAACUUACCAGAACUCGCUAAAAUACUGAAUGUUAUGCCAAACACUGAUGUCCAUUCCCUUCUUCAACGACUCUAUCCAUACAUGGCGAUGUUAGGGAAAGAGGGACAAACAGCCGUUACGGACGCAUUACAGAAGUUUAACGUACCCCUUGCCAAGACUACUGAAGGACAGUUGGAGUCAGUGGACAGACAGACGAACAAUGCCCAGGUUCAUGUUACACUGGGAAACAGAGCCACAGAUUUUGAGGUAUCAAAAGGCACGCUGGAUGGAUCGGGACACCAGGAUCACGCUUUUAUAACGACCCCAUACCACAAUACCUUCCUAACUGACAUGCUACAGUCUCACAUGGUCAAGGACUUCUGUGUCAUUGGACCCAGGGGGUGUGGCAAGUCAGCGCUGGUUCGUCAGUUCGCUUCACUUCUUGGUUACCACAGUGAGGUCGUAAUGCUCUACCAGGAUAUGACAUCACGCGACCUGCUUCAACAACGAACAACAAGCCCUAGUGGGGACACAGCCUGGAGAUUAUCUCCCCUUGUCACUGCGGCACUGGAGGGAAGUCUUGCUGUGUUGGACGGGGUGCAUCGGAUCAACCCAGGGUCAUUCUCAGUUUUACAAAGACUGGUUCAUGACCGGGAACUUCAGCUGUUCGAUGGCUCCAGGUUGUUGGGAAAAGAGAGAUAUGAGGCCGUUAAGGCAGAGAACAACCUCACAGAUGCUGAAAUGGAGGAGAGGGGUAUACUCCGUAUCCAUCCAUCAUUCCGUAUCCUGGCUCUAGGGGAACCACCGGUUACAGGCUCAAGCACUGGACAGUGGCUCAGCCCGGAGAUGCUGUCACUGUUCCUUUAUCACAACAUGAGGCCUCUGACACACAAUGAGGAGGAGGCUGUCAUCUCUCAACUCGUAAAAGACUGCCCGGACCUGACCAAGCUUCUCACCUUCACCCACAGACUGAGGAACUCAACAGACCCCACUAUAUCUUCUAUAGCAGCCUCACUUUCAUCUCGACAGCUGAUCAGGGUCGCUAGACGCUUGGCAAACUUUCCUACAGAAGAUCUCUACAGCAUCGUACAGAAGGCCUGUCUUGCAAGGUUUUUGCCCCGCCUGGCGAAGACUGCCCUGGAACAAUCACUUGAGGACUUAUCCAUCACACCCCCAGCUCAGCCAACACAGUCCAUUGACAACAUAGAGAAGUCCAUCACAUGUGAAGUGAAGGACAACAAGGUUCGCAUUGGGACCACCGUUGCCGACGUGUAUGACCCCGACAACAAAACCAAGGUUCCCGAUGUCCUCUUCUAUGAGAAUACUCAGCACCUGUGUGUGAUGGAAGACAUGUUAAAAGACUUCCUACUUGGCGAGCACCUGCUACUGGUUGGUAACCAAGGGGUUGGCAAGAACAAAAUUGUUGAUCGCUUCCUCCACCUUCUCAAUAGGCCUCGGGAAUAUAUUCAGUUGCACAGAGAUACAACAGUACAGACUUUGACAUUGCAGCCGACAGUGCAAGAUGGAGUCAUCAUUUAUGAGGACUCUCCCUUGGUUCGGGCGGUGAAGAUGGGCCAUGUGUUGGUCGUCGACGAAGCAGACAAAGCCCCAACUCAUGUGACAUGCAUACUUAAAACACUUGUGGAAAGUGGGGAAAUGCAUUUAGCUGAUGGACGGAGAAUUGUAGCAGCUGACAGUGGGCUGGCUGUCUCGGACAAGAUUAUCGUAUCCCACCCAGACUUCAGAAUGAUAGUACUCGCUAACAGACCUGGAUUUCCCUUCCUGGGCAACGACUUCUUUGGAGCCAUGGGUGACAUAUUCAGCUGUCAUGGCAUUGACAACCCUGACAAAGCCUCUGAGAUGGCUAUGUUGCGCCAGUACGGGCCAGACGUCUCUGAGCAGGUGCUUGAGAAACUCGUGCUUUCGUUCGGAGAGCUAAGAAACAUGGCAGACCAGGGGCUCAUUGCGUACCCUUACUCCACACGAGAGGUUGUGAAUAUGGUGAAACAUAUACAGCGCUUUCCGGAUGAGGGCCUUACAACUGUGAUAGGGAAUGUGUUUGACUUUGACUCUUAUAACUCUGAACUUCGCGAGGUGCUCAUUAGUACCAUGCAAAAACACGGAAUACCUCUCGGGGCGAGACCAGACAGCAUACAACUGGCCAAGGAACUUCCCCUUCCACGUCUUGAGUUGACUGGUCAGUGGACAAUACAGGGAGACGGUGGACGUCGACGCACCUCCUUGCUAAAAUUGCCAACAGAGACAUACAGGAUUGGUGUAAAAGGCCCAGUCAGCCUACGUGUAGAAACAGAGACCCUUGAGAGGACGGAAGCCCGGGCGGACAAGUUCUCAGAGCAGGAGGCGUACUGGCAGGUUCCUCUACAUGAGUCCAACAUCAUAUCUGACCUUGCUGUGUCACUAGCUGCCAAUCGUAGUCCAGGCCACCAGACGGAUGUCAUCCAUAUCGGCACAGCCAACCCAGUGGGCCUCUACUCAAUGUCAACGCGCGCAAAGUCUGCAAACCAUCUUGACAUGUAUGACAUAUUUCCCAUGGUGACGGGCUCAUACAGGCCGCACGUGCGACUCAUGCCGCUGGCCGCCCCUCUUGAUGACACAGUUGUACUGCAUGAGGAAGUGACCAACACAAUUCUGGCUGUGAAUUAUGAGAAUGGAGAGAUCAACAGACUGGUGACACCCUCUCUGCCACAGACAGCUCCUGAGAGGCGUAGAUUUACUUCACCAAACACAACAAAGACUAGCCCUUAUCGCAUGGUGAAGUCAGAUGUACCUGAUGAAUACGGAACAGUUGUCUUCUUUGAGAAAAAUGGUGAUUUCCUCGAAGUGUUGGGCCUACUGGAGGGGAUUUCUCAACAUCUUCCUCUGCCCCUGAAAGUGGCCAACGUGACACAAGUAGGGUCACAGACCUGGAUGUUGAGUGAGGACAAAACAAACAAGAAGUUUUUGGUGUCCAGAUCUGGUGUUGCAGAUUUUACUCUGCAAGCAAUAAUGGAAGAUAAUGUCCAGUCAGUUCUGGGAUCCUCUGCAGUGCCCAUGUCUGAUGCGACCCUUUCUGCAUCUCUUGGUGAACAGACGUCAGGGUCAAACAGGGUCCUCUCAACCCCAGAAUCAUAUGCAAGCAUUGCACUGGGAUUCCCAGAGGCGGGCACCAGUCGUGUGUACAGUAGUCGAAGACCCGCUGGAGAGGGGGGCAAUACUGACCAGGAUUCCUUGCUAGGACGAGUCACUGGCAAAUCUGGAGCCCCAUCCCCAUCCCCCUCAUCCGUGUAUUUGCCUGGCUGUGCCCAGCUUGUGCGUACACUUCCAAACUGGAAAGCUCCUGAAGGAAUCCUCUCAAAAGAUCAGCGAGCGCACACAAGUGGUCUUCUGGAAGUUGCUGAUCUACCCAAUCAGAAACUACGAUAUGUUCCUGUGCCCGGGGCAACUCGCCAGUCUCCUUAUGCCUCAUGGCUUUUCAACCUGCACGAAAGCAGCGUGCUUGUGUCCCGGAGGUCAGCGGACGGGCUGGUGACGGUUGACGUCGGUGGGUGUGUACGCCUAUGGGAGACAGGUCUGGAAAACCUCCAAAGAGCGCUGAAUGAGUGGCGACGCAUGAUUGGACUUCAUGAUGACAAACCACUUCAAGUCACAUAUGAGAAAGAGAGUGAACGAACAGCGGACGGUCCAAAACACGGGAAAGAAGAUAAAAACAAUGAUCCCCAUGUUGGGGGAAAUACCUGGGCCGGGGGAACUGGUGGCAGUAACACGGCAGGUCUGGGUGGGUUCGGUGGACCAUACCGUCUGGACGCGGGUCACGAUGUCACGCAGGUUCCACAGUGGCAGAAAGACAGUGUUCCUGAACAUGUUCGCCAAGCUGCACGGGAAAUGGGACAAAAGGCUUUCAAAGAACGGUUGCGAGAGAUCCAGAUGAGUGAGUAUGAUGCGGAGACGUACGAGACUUUUUCCAAACAUGUGAGGCGUCAGGUGCAGGCACUCAGGGUUGUCAUUGAUAGUCUACAGGCCAAGAGCAAGGAGCGCCAAUGGCUGAAGAAUCAGCCCCACGGUGACUUGGACGAUGCCAAGUUGAUUGAUGGUCUGACGGGGGAACGUAAUGUCUACAAGCGUAGGGGAGAGAAGGAACCAGAGAUGGGAGGUCAACAGGAGCAUCCAAAAUUACUGCGUCUGCUAGUUGACUGCUCAGGAAGUAUGUACCGAUUUAAUGGCCAUGACGGUCGAUUGGAGCGUGAGAUGGAGGCAUCAAUAAUGGCUAUGGAAGCCCUAGAAGGACACGAGGAGAAAAUCAAGUUUGACAUCUGGGGCCACUCUGGGGAGGACCAUCGUGUAGCCUUGUCCACAUUCGAUAAGCCACCACAUAACAACAAGGAGAGACUCCAGGUGGUGAAGACAAUGCAUGCACAUAGUCAGUUCUGUCUGAGUGGUGAUACAACACUGCAAGCCACAAAGCACGCUAUCGAGAUGCUUGCAAAAGAAGAUGCAGACGAACGAUUUCUGAUCGUUCUCAGUGAUGCAAACUUUGACCGCUAUGGUAUUCCGCCCUCUCGAUUUGGGGAGAUUCUUCGAUCACACGAUGAAGUGAAUGCAUUUGCCAUUUUCAUUGGCUCACUUGGAGAUCAAGCUACACGGCUGACGAAGCAGCUACCUAUGGGCCACUCGUUUGUUUGUCUGGACACGAAGAACCUACCACAGAUUCUUCAACAGAUAUUCACCUCUACCAUGCUGGCCAAGUAGAAGGAGACUCUGUGCUAAUUGAAAACUUACCCAUGCUUAAGUGGCCGCAGUUUCUCAAUAAAUCUUAACCGUAGCAUUAGUAACACUUUUCACCAAAGGCUUAAAGGUUAAGUUAUCCAAAUGUUUGAGUAAGAGUCCUUGUGGGUGUGAGGUUUUGUUGUUAGUAUUCUAAUUUCCCUGUACAGGUGUAAACCCCACUAAAAAUAAAAUUUCUUUUUAUGAAUUAAAUGAUUUCUUUUCGGCAAUUUCGGUAUCGAAAAGUAAAAUAGUUAUUGUAUGAUAUAAGUGUUGUUUAGAUGCAUGACUGAGAACAAAUUUGUGCAAAAACAUUAGCAAGUCCUGUCAUAGUAAUUUUUGGAUAAAUAGUGGCCAAUCAAUAAAUAUUCGGGAUAACUUUGACUAAAACAAACCCUUGACGUUCAUUUUAUUCUUUAAGCACUGCAUCUUUAAAUGAUGAUUCAUUUGGUAGAUUCCUUUUCAGAUGAUGCAGUAAAUGGCCAUGUUAAAUAGAGUGUUUUCAAAUUCAAAUACCUAGUGUACACAGACAAGGAAUAUUACAUGGCAAAUUUGGCAAUUAAACAUUCUGCUUAUUACAAAGUUUGCUGUUAUUUUUAGUUGAAGUUUAUUAUUUAAGAAUGUAAAUCUAAUUUUUAUAAAAAUACGUAAUGAUGUAUUGUUUUGGUCAUGAUUUUUGGGAUCACUUGUACAAUUGUUUUGUUUACAUUAUUUAUUGCUUAACCGUGUAAAUUUAUGAAAGAAAAUGAUAUUAAAUAACGAUACUGACUUCAUAUGGUUAA